AUGCAUUUAUUUCAGGCAACUGUAUCUUCACAAGGCGUUUUACGAAUUUAUGAAGCGCCAGAUAUCAUGAACAUAUCGAUGUGGAGCCUUACUCAAGAUAUAGUCGUCUUUCGUGGUCGCUGCAGUUGCCUGACAUGGAGUACUCAACGCCUAACGAAACCGCUUAUUGCAGUGGGUUCGGAUGAUACACACAGUGCUGCAAAACGAGUUGCUGUGAAAUGGCAGCUGCUAGACUUGCCAGCAUUGAAAGUUACUGAUCCAGUAACAGAUAUUGCAUUUGCACCAUCAGCGGGACGAAGCUACCAUCUGCUGGCUGUUGGCUCAAAAGAUAUUUGCAUUUUCAAAAUGAGUGACAAAGACAAGCAUACUGAUAUGGAUGGUGACUUCCUGGAGCGCACUGCUCCCACAAAUUAUGAAGUGUGGCGCUUAUCAUGGAACAUAACUGGGACAAUAUUGACUGGAGCAAGUUCAGAUGGAUAUGUGCGACUGUGGAAAGAAAACUUACUGAAAAAGUGGAGUCCAAUGGCGACAAUCAGAUCAACAGACGAUUACAAGGGGUCGGCUGAUGAUCCGCAAACGGUCACUUCAAUAUGUUCAUUGACUAAGGAGAGUCAUAUUUACUAUUGA